AUGGCAAAGUCUAUUAAUGCUGUGAAUUUUGACGUCAGUGCACUUGGCGAUUUCAACUCGAAUUUAGUCAUCUGUGGUCGUCAUAUUGCAGAAACCGAGAACUUGUCACGGUUUAUGAAGGCAAGAGCGAUUUGCGGUGGUCUCAUACUCAGCAAUGCAGAGCUGCGGAUAGUUAUGAGAGAGUUGUUGGCUCGCAUGGAAGCGGGUUUGUGUUCUCGUACAGCUGGUACUUCAAGUGUUAAAAUGUUGCCGUCUUAUGUGACGGCAAUUCCAAACGGGACAGAACGUGGACACUAUUUGGCCCUUGACCUUGGCGGCACUAAUUUUCGAGUUUUGCUGGUAACCUUGGAUGGUUCUGAGGCAGCUAUGCGUAGUCAGAUAUUCAGAGUUCCCGAAGAAAUUAUGACAGGAACUGGAACUGAACUUUUUGAUCACAUAGCGGAGUGUAUGGCAAAGUUCUUGGCUUUGAACAAGCUAGGAAGGAACGCAGGAAGGUUGCCGCUUGGGUUUACUUUUUCAUUCCCCUGCAAACAAGAUGGGUUGACCAGUGCUGUUUUGAUAAAAUGGACUAAAGGGUUUUGCGCGAGUGGUGUGGAAAAUAACGAUGUUGUUAAGCUUUUACGCGAGGCUUGUCAACGCAGAAAGGACAUAGAUGUCGAUGUGGUAGCUGUAUUGAAUGAUACUGUCGGUACCCUCAUGGCUUGCGCAUUUAAAGAUAAUGACUGUCAAGUUGGAGUUAUAGUAGGGACGGGGACAAAUGCAUGUUACAUGGAGAAAAUUUCUAAAUGUGAGAAGCUGAGAGCUGAGGGAGAAAAAAGUGAUGAAAGUCUAGAGGAGACGAAGUCAUUGCUGAUGACAUGGACGAUGCAUGUGAACACUCCUGGAGUAUUGAACACUUCAAGAGUUUGUCUCUUCUACAGGAAGAUUUCUCCGAUUGUAUUUUCUCCUGCAACUAGACUUUUUAAGAUGGUAAUCAAUACAGAGUGGGGAGGUUUUGGUGACGACGGCGAGUUGGAAUUUUUGCGAACAGAGUUUGAUCGUGAGGUUGAUGGGAACACGAUAAAUCCCGGGAAACAGCUAUUUGAGAAAAUGAUUUCGGGCAUGUAUAUGGGCGAGAUAGUUCGCGUUAUACUGCUCAGAGUAUCAGAAGCGAGGCUUAUUUUUGAUGCAGAUUUCACUGUUCUCUCUACCCCGCAUUGUAUCCCAACGAAAUACGUUUCAGAAAUUGAAAGUGACCUCCUGGAGGCUGAUAGGAUCUUUCCAAGAACAUCACAGGUAUUGGAAGAUUUAGGGGUUGUCGGUUACACUAUAUCCGACUGUGCGAUUGUUGCAUACAUUUGCUCAAUUGUGAGUAACCGUGCCGCUUCUUUGUGUGCUGCCGGAAUUGCAACUUUGCUAAAACGCAUGGGGAAGCCCAAUGUCACUGUAGGGGUUGAUGGGUCGGUUUACAGGUUCCACCCAACAUUUCCGCGUACUUUGAGAAACAAAAUUGCCGAGCUGAUUCCUCCCAGUUUGAAGUUUAAACUGAUGCUUUCUGAAGACGGAAGUGGUAGAGGAGCUGCAUUAGUUGCUGCGGUAGCGGCUCGAGUGAAAGGCGGAUUCCGUGCUCCAAACACAAAGCAAGAAGAUGUGAAGCCGUAG